UGGGAAAUGUAGUCCAUGCGACUGUGACAUCACAGGGAGCCGUCCAGGAAAUUCCUUUCUGGCGUUUAGUCCUCACGCGUGCAGCUUCCGCAAAGUUGGGAGAGAGUCCUGCCUGCUCUACAUUCCUGUUGCGUCUCUGACAUGGAGGAAAUGCUAUCCUUCUGUGAUGUGGCCAUUGAGUUCUCUGCAGAAGAGAGGGAAUGCCUAAAGCCUGCUCAGUGGAAUUUGUACAGGGAUAUAAUGUUGGAGAAUUACAGCAACCUUGAUUUCCUGGGUCUUGCUGUCUCUAAGCCACACCUGGUGACAUUUCUGGAGCAAACACAAGGGCCUGGGGAUGUGAAGAGACAAGCAACAGACAGUGUGCACCCAGGAACAAUACCCAAUGAUUGUAACAAUUACAGCAAGGUCAUUGAUUGUAAAUCACUCCUUAUUCAACGCCAGAGAAUUCAUACAGGGAAGAAAAUUUACAAGUGUGAAGAAUGUGGAAAGGCCCUUAGUUCUCAAAAAACCCUGUCAAUACACCAGAGACUUCAUACUGGAGAAAAACCCUACACAUGUAAAGGAUGUCAUAAGACCUUUAAUACUCGCUCAUCACUUUUUAUACACCAGAAAACUCAUACUGAUGAGAAAUCCUACAACUGUGAAGAAUGUGGCAAAUCAUUUUACUAUCCUCCACUGCUGAAGCAACAUCAAAGAAUUCAUUCUGGAGAGAAGCCCUACAAGUGUGAAGAAUGUGGCAAAGCAUUUUAUUUUCCUUCAUACCUUAAGCAACAUCAACGAAUUCAUUGGGGAAACAAUCCCUACAAGUGUGAAGAAUGUGGAAAAAGGUUUUCUUGUUCUUUACGCCUUCAAGUCCAUCAAAUAAUCCAUACUGGAGAGAAAUUGUACAAGUGUGAAGAAUGUCACAAAGCCUUUCGUUAUCACUCUUCAUUUUGGAGACACAUGAGAGUUCAUAUUGCAGAGAAAUCCUACCAGUGUGAACUGAGUGGAAAAGGAUUUACUAAGCCUGCCUUCCUCAUUGGGAGCAGGGCAGCUCUUAUUACAAGGAAAGCCUACAAGUGUGAAGAGUGUGGCAAGUGUUUUUGCUCACCUUCAUCACUUAAACGACAUCAAACAAUCCAUUCUGAAGACAAUCCCUAUAAGUGUGCAGAGUGUGGCAAAAGGUUUUCCUACUUUGCACACCUUCAAGAACAUCAGACGGUCCAUACUGGAGAGAAACCAUACACGUGUGAGGAGUGUGGCAAAUGUUUUUCCUCAUCUUCAUCCCUUAGACGACAUCAAACAAGCCAUUCUGAAGACAAUCCCUACAAGUGUGCAGACUGUGGUAAAUGGUUUUCCUGUUCUAGGAGUCUUCGGGAACAUCAAGCAAUUCAUACUGGAGAGAAACCAUACAAGUGUAAAGAAUGUCACAAAGCCUUUCGUAAAUACUCAGCCCUUUGGAAACACAAGAGUGUCCAUAAUGCGGAGAAAUCUUACCAGUGUAAAAAGUGUGGAAGAUGUUUUGCCUCAUCUUCAUCCCUUAGACGACAUAAGUCAAUUCACUCUGAAGACUAUCCCUACAAGUGUGAGGAAUGUGGCAGAUGUUUUUAUUCAUACUUGUUUUUUAGACGACAUCAAAUAAUCCAUUCUGAAGACAGUCCAUAUAAGUGUGUGGAAUGUGGCAAACGGUUUUCUUGUUCUAGAAGUCUUCGGGGACAUCAAGCAAUUCAUUCUGGAGAAAAACCAUACAAGUGUAAAGAAUGUCAUGAAGCAUUUCGUAAUAGCUCAUCCCUUUGGAGACACAAGAGAGUUCAUACUUCAGAUAAAUCCUAAUAGUGUGAAGAGUGUGGCAAAUGUUUUUCUUCAUCUUCAUGCCUUAGACAAUACCAAAGUUUCCAUUCUUAAGACAGUCCAUCCAAGUGUGCAGACUGUAGAAAACGUUUUCCUACUUUGUACACCUUCAGGUACAUCAGACAGCCCAUAUUGUAGAGAAACCAUCAAGUGUUAAGAGUUGACAAAUGUUUUUGCUUAUCUUCAUCCCUUAGGCGAUGAGA